AUGUCUGGCAACGAUACAGCGCCGUUAGUGUUGGACAACGGGUCGGGUAUGUGUAGAGCCGGUUAUGCCGGUGACGACGCCCCCCGAGUAGUCUAUUCCUGUUUAGUGGGCCGGGACUCAGACGGGCACUCGUAUGUGGGCGAUGAGGCUCAGGACAGGCGCGAACUACUGGCCCUCAAGUACCCCAUCCGACACGGGAUUGUCGUCAAUUGGGACGACAUGGAGAAGGUAUGGCACAACACCUUCUAUAAUGAGUUGCGAGUGGAGCCGAGUGAACACCCGGUGCUGCUGACGGAGGCGCCCCUCUGUCCCAAACCCAUCCGCGAGAAAAUGAUUCAAAAUAUGUUUGAACCCUUCAAUACGCCGGCCCUCUAUGUGGCCAAUGAGGGCCUACUGUCGCUGUACGCCAGCGCCCGUACAACAGGGCUUGUGGUGAACAUUGGCGAUGGUGUGACGCAUACCGUUCCCAUUUACGAGGGAUAUGUACUCACAAAAGGCAUACAGCGUCUGGAUUGGGCCGGACGGGAGCUGACCGACCAUCUCAUGGAUAUGGUGUCAGAAAGGGGUCACUCAUUCAAAACACCAGCGGAACGGGAGAUCACACGAGACAUGAAAGAGAAGUUAUGUUACGUCGCCCUCGACUUUGACGCCGAGAUCACCACCGCUACCGCCAACCCCUCGGCCAUCGAGAAGUCCUACGAUUUACCGGACGGACAGGUGAUCACAAUAGACACCGAGAGGUUCCGGUGCCCGGAAAUGCUAUUCAAGCCCUGGAUGUAUGGCUUGACUUCGGCCGGCAUUCACGCGACUACUUAUAACUCUAUAAUGAAGUGUGAUUUGGACGUACGUAAGGAUUUAUACGCCAAUAUCAUACUGUCCGGGGGCACCACUAUGUUGCCCGGUUUUGCCGAUCGCUUGCAAAAGGAGGUGCAAAAGCUGGCCCCACCUACUAUCAGGAUAAUGGUGAGGGCACCCCCUGAACGCAAGUAUUCCGUGUGGAUCGGCGGCUCAAUACUGGCCUCUCUGUCCACUUUCAAGGAAAUAUGGAUCUCGAGGGACGAGUACAAUGAAAGCGGACCCUCUAUUGUGCACCGGAAGUGUCCGUAA